UCCUGUACAGCGGGUGGCAGUAUUGGAUAAAUAUCUGAGAUGUUUUUUUUUUUUAACGGAAAAACACUGUAGAAAGGGAGGGCAAUUUUACGGUACUCGCUUAGGCACUCGCAAGCACUCUUAGGCUACUGGUUUCAAAUGGUUCUUUAUGCUGCAUAAUCUGUUCAACAUAUGUGGAAGUUUGUCAUUAUAGCCUAUUCAAAUAGACCAUUUUGCAAGACCAAAUGCAUUCUAAAGUAUUCCUGAAAGUCAAUUGGCUUUGUACUUUCGUUUUCAUGGUGAAGAAACUUUAGAGUUUGGAGAUUGUUUGCGUUAUUAUUUUUCAAACUAUUAUCUUUCAAACUGCUUUAUCAAGCAAGAUGGAUUCAAUGGUGCGCAACCCGGAUGUCAAGCAGAGAGACGCAGCUCAGGCUGUGGUUGUUGCAGUGUCAUCAGACGCAAUUUUUGACCCAGAAGUUGAGCAAGUCCAUGGAGCAACAGAACCUUUGAGAAAGGGAGAUGCUUUUUCUUUCAUGAAGGCCAUCCAGGUAGUGAAUGAAAGACUGCUGACCUUGAACUCUGAUGAGACAUUGCUGUUCGAUGUGAUUCUGCUUUCCAAUGAUAGCGAAGAAAAACACUCACGGAUCAUUGCCAGUGCAAAACAUUAUGGUCUUGAUAUUGGCAGAUUUUGCUUCUGUAACAAGGAGGAUUCCAUUGAGAGCCUGCAAUCAAACAACGUGAAACUGUUCCUGUCAACGGAUACUAAUGAUGUGUGCAAGGCCUUACAAAAAGGUGUUCCAGCAGCCCUACUGUACCGUCAGACAGACCCACAUCAUCAGACAGAGGAUCAGCUCAAAGUGGUGUUCUCGGGAGACGUGAUUGGAUCCUCAGAGGAGAUGCUGCAUGGCUUAAGAGAACAGGGCUUCACCGAGACCCAGCUGCAGGGCUUCAAAACUGCAAAGGGUUCCGUGAAAGAGUUUGCCGUAUUGAUGGGAGAGAUGAGGAGGAGGUUUGGGUUGGAGGGAAGCCCCCUCUGCACCGGACUGAUGACAGUAUGGAGCUCCAGGGAUGUGUGUGCCAGCGCCCUGAAGACUCUACGAGGCUGGGGACUGCUUGUGGAUGAGGCCUUUUGCCUGGCCGGAGCCCCUCGUAGCCCCAUCCUUAACUUGGUACGGCCGCACAUCCUCUGCCUCGAUGGCCUGUAUCACAUGGAGGGGUUCACUGCAAUGUCAUGAUGGAUGGCAGACCGAUGGGAAGAAGAUGUAUGUAUGGGUAUUUUUCUGUUACAUUUUUGGAUGGAAGCUUUCUUGUAUGCUUUUUGUCUCGAGUUUUAUUUUACCUCACCAGCAUUUUUAUCAUUCAUACAACAGCUGCCACCUUCAGUAUGUCAAUGAACCAACUGCUUGAACAGAUUGUUGUGUAAAUAAAUAUAAAAAUAUUCCUUUAA